AUGACCUCAGACCACAUGUUGAGAAUUUUCACCCUAUUGGACGAUGAAUUGAAGUUAAAAGCUUGUAACAAGUCAUUUCUCAAAUUUGAAAAGCAAUUUAAAAUUCCUUUGUCACUUGAAGUGACCAGUUCAGAGAAUGGAGAUGAUACAGAAAGGUGCGACAACAACAAGCAUAUUGCAAUAUGUCGAAAAUUCUGCUCGUUUGGAAAAUCUUCUCAAAAUCCCACUCAUUUAUUUAUUUAUUCCUCGAAUGGCAUCUUGAGAGUUCAGUUAACAUCAACAAAGUUCAAUAAUCGUGAGGAAUUGAUUUCUUUCGAUUCAUCCAACUACUAUGUGAACAAAACGUCUUGCUCUCAACAAGAGAUUUUAACCUUAGUAGAUUAUGAAGAAAGUACUCAAACUUUAUAUUUCUUAUUGUGGAACACAGAGAAAAAGAAUGAAUUGUUGCUUGCUUCAAAAUGCUUUGGCCAUGAUCUUGAUAUUCAAGAAACAACGUCAUGCAUGAUGGUUAUUCUAAGCUCGGUCACCAUUGAUAAUUUGAACCUAACCAAAGAAGAAGAAUCCACGUUGAUUCAGGUACAGAAAACAUUGGAAAGAAAUAACGAGAAGCAUUUUGUGAUCACUUUUAGAAACAAACAUUCUUCUUUUGAGAAAAUGCUUCCUCUCACUUGCAAUACACAUCCUAAACCCUCUCUUCACCUGAUGGAGAGGCCUAUCUUAUUGCCACAGCCUUGCACCUGUGUAUUGCCUUUAAAUUUGUCACAAUAUCUGGCUGCAACGGUGGAGGGAGAAUUGUUGUUGCUUGAGACAACAUUGCAACAACAGCAAGACCAAGUCACACCUUCUGUGAGGCAUCAUUUUCAUCGAAUUCCCAUUCACAAAGCUCGAAGAAUUUUGAGUAUGCAUUUCAACGAGAUGCAAGGAUGUUUGGUCAUGUUUCACGAAGAUGCAACAAGUGAGGGAGUUUAUCAAAGCCUCACACGGUUUGGAACGAAUCGGUUUGUGGCAGACCUGUCCAACUUCUUCGUUUGA